GUGUAGUAUGUUUUAUUUGCUACACGCAGGUUAAUAGAAAGAAUGAUGUGACGUGAUUCUGGAGGCAGACGGAGGCGAGAUUGUCGGAAUGGAUGUGAUGGUUUUGAAUUAAAGAACAUAAACAAAUUAUGUUUGUAAUUAUGAUUUGUUAAGCUUCCGCAAUAUUGAAAACUCCGCACUAAAUCCAAAGUUCAUGGCUACGGCGGUGGAUUUAGGAAGGGAAUUGGUAAGGCGAAAAAUUAGACUUACCUAUGGAGGAGGCAACGUUGGCCUUCAAGGAGCUGUUGCUUCAACAGUCUAUACCAAUGGUGGUAUAGUUAGAGGCUUCAUACCAGGGUACAAAGCAGCACGACAGGUCUACGGACCUACGUAUGGUGCAGAAUACACAGUUUCAAGCAAUUACUAUAAGCAUUUCGAAAUGAAUCAUGUAGUGGAGGCCUUCAUCGUACUUCCUGGAGGGAUUGAUACUAUGGAAGGUUUGUUCACUUUGAUCUCAUGGGCAUCUGAAGGGUUGCACAGUAAACCCAUUGGUCUCUUGAAUAUUGACGGUUAUUUUAAUAACCUAAUCAAAUUUCUAGAUGACGCAGUGAGACAGAACAUCAUGGCUUCUAGUCAGAGAAAACUUUUCAUCUCUUCUUUCUUUAUUGAUGAGCUUUUAGACAAGCUAGCGUUUGCUAAAGCUUUUCCAAGUCCUGGGGCUAGUUAUGAUGAAUUUGUAAAUCCUGGGGCAUUGGACUUAGACUUGCAUUUGUAAUAUUACUUUAUCAACAAGAAGAAGAAAAGAAAACUCCAACUCCAUGGUAGUAUGUUAAGGAAGAAGAAGAAGGAGCAAGAAAACCAUCCAAACUUUCCAAAUUUUGAGUCCAAAAACGCAGCAGCAACUUCAAGGAACAUCCGGAAGGUAUUGCAAAGAAAGUUCGGCGUUGGAAUGUUGAAGUUAGUGAGUUAAUCGUCGGAAUCAUGUUCAUCGACAUACCCGAAAUUCUGGACAGCAACUUUCUAGUGACUUCAGGUCCGAUUUAC